AUGGAUGAAAAGAAAUCCAUCGCCGACGAACUCUGCUCCUACAUCAAUCAAAUUCGUGUGCUAAAAGGAGACUUUUUCGGGGCUCUUAACCGGGGAAAAGCGAUAAUUGGCCAAAUCUCAUCACUUGAAGGUGGUCCAUUUGAUUCAGAACAAGAGUUCAAUGACUUUAUCCUAGGAGAUGUUGUUAGAUUAGCACCGACAAUUCUACGAGAGCAUUGCAGGUUUGCGCUGUACGAUAACCAUGGGAUUGUUUUCACUCAUGGUGAUCUUGCGCCAAGGAAUAUCCUGGUUGAUGGUGGCCAUGUCACUGCCAUUCUUGAUUGGGAGUAUGCUGGUUGGUAUCCGGAAUAUUGGGAUUAUAUUCUUGCUCUGAGACAUUUGACACCGAUGCCUGACUGGCCAGAAUACUUACCUCGGGUUUUCCCACGUCCUUAUGAGUUGGAGUAUAUUGGUAUGUCUUUCUUGUCGCGGAUCCUGCGUCAUUAA